UCCAGAUGGUUUGUGCUGAUUUGGUGUUCACAGAAACAAGUCCAAUCAGGGGAAAAAAACCACACACUCAGCAUCUCUGAUUACAGGGGUUAUUGCAAGAGAGAGCUGGGGGAGGAGCAAAAGAUAAAAAGAUGGAGAGGAAGAAUACAGAGAGGAGUGAGUGGAAACCGAAAAUGAGUAGCAGAAGGAAAGAGAAAGGAGGUGCUAGGUGGCUCAUGUCAAGUUGAGACAAGUGUAGAAAAUUUUUGUCAUACCAUACAAACACAUGUAGUAGGACUAAAUAUUGUGUCUCCAGGAGUGGACGAAGUGCACCAAAGAAGACAAUAUAGGGGAUUAAGAUGGCGUCAGUAAGUGACCCCCGGCAGCAGACACAGGUGCAGAAAGAUGCAGCUGACCAGAACUUCGACUACAUGUUUAAAUUACUUAUCAUUGGUAACAGCAGCGUAGGAAAGACCAGCUUCCUAUUCCGCUACGCAGAUGACUCGUUCACCUCGGCGUUCGUCAGCACCGUUGGCAUUGACUUCAAAGUCAAAACUGUGUACCGCAAUGAGAAACGCAUCAAACUCCAGAUCUGGGACACUGCAGGUCAGGAGAGAUAUCGCACCAUCACCACGGCCUACUACAGAGGCGCCAUGGGCUUCCUGCUCAUGUACGACAUCACCAACCAGGAGUCUUUCUAUGCUGUACAGGACUGGGCAACUCAGAUUAAGACAUACUCAUGGGACAAUGCUCAAGUUAUUCUGGUUGGAAAUAAGUGCGACCUGGAGGACGAUAGACUGGUGGCCACGGAAGAUGGACAGAGACUAGCUAAUGAGUUAGGGUUCCAGUUCUUUGAGGCUAGCGCAAAAGACAACAUCAAUGUAAAGCAGGUUUUCGAGCGGCUUGUUGACAUCAUCUGUGACAAGAUGAACGAGAGCAUGGAUGGACAGCCAAGCCCGCUGGCCAAUCACAAAGGACCCAGCCUAGAGGACACGCCCCCUACCAGCCAAAAUGGCUGCUCAUGUUAAUGAUUGCUCUGUUGCUCUCUCGCUCUUUCAAACACACACACAUACACGCACACACACAAACGCACAUUUACGAAAUGCACACAUGCCUAGCCCAACACAGCCACACUCUACUGAUAGACCAAGUAGUAGUAAUGCAACAAAGUGUACAAUGUAAGUGUAUAGUACAUGUGUAUACACACACACAGCUGUACACUACAAAAACUGGUAUUGACCUGUCACAGUGGUUCUCAACUGGACUUACCUCAUGUCCAAUAUUUGUCUUUUUCAUUAAGUCCUGGGCCAAAUGCAACCGUUCAAGCCUUUUAAUUUCUUUCACACAGUGAAUACUGCAGUAAAAGGCUGCACCCCUCAUGCACUAAAACAGGAAACAAACUGAAAUAUAACAAAGUCUAAAAAGCUACAUAAACAUAUAAGAUUUAAAUAUGAUCCACAAAGACCAAAACACUGCAUUAGUAAAGACUAAAGAUAUAAUAAUAAUAUCCUAAUGUUCCUAUACUACUACGACUACUGCUACUACUACAACUACUACUCCUACUCCUACUACUACUACUACUACUACUACUAAUAAUAAUAAUAUAAUCAUCAGGUUUUAUUAAGCUGUCAUUACUAUGCAUAUGGAGUCAUAAUAAUAAUUUUUGUCCUGAUAGAAUACCUGGGCAUUCUCUUUGUUCCUGACAUGUAAGCUUAAAGCUAAACAGGACUUAAGCUAAGAAGGCUUCAUACUUUUAUUUUCUUAUUUUAAAGGUUCAGUCAAUGAUUUUGGGAGAAAUUAGCAAAACUAGGUUUUUGAAUUCAAAAGCCACAUCCCCUAAGCUAGAACACCUGUAGGCUUUCUAAAUUGCCAGGCUACAUGACUGACAAGAAAGCUGUCCUGAUUAGUUAAAUCUUAAUGGCCCACAUGAUUUCCUUCUCUCUUUUUUAUAGUCUGGGUGUCCCACAGAGACCUGACUUUCUCCUUCUCAGUAUAUUCUGAGAUAUUUUAAAUAGAAUUCUGACAAAAUUCCCAAAAUGUUUUCUCUCAUGAAAAUUGCCGGUUUUACCUUUAAAGUAAAAAAAAAAAAAAAUAAGACAACAUUAUUAUUGUGUCAUAUUUUUGUUUGGAAGCCAUGUUGUGAAAAGCUACCAAACUGCUGUGUGCAUUAACUGCUAUAAGUGUGCUUUUUUUUAUUCCGCUAAAUAAACUGUUAUUAUAGACCUGAGAUGAAUUUAUAUCACAUCUCGGGUUUAAGAUUUAAACAGAAAACACUGGAUGUCUUUGAAAUUUAAGUAGCACAUGUCUGCUUGCAACCCACCAGCUGAGAACCACUGAGCCAACAGAGAUCAAUUAGUCCCAUAAUCAUACAUAAUCAUACUUCAUACAUCCAUGCAGAGUGUUACACAAUGGCAGCAUGGCUGUUUUAAGGCUAUAGCAUCUCAAAAGUAGCAGGGAAUUGAAGGUCAUGUUCAGAUUUCAAAACCAAAGAUUCAUGUGAAUGUAUUUUACACCUUGCUGAUGUCAUGUCAAUGGCACAGUGACUGAAUGUAGGAAGUGAAUGAGAUUUUUUUUCCCCCAAAGUUGUUAGAUUUUGCUUUUAUCAAAUUAGGCCACUGGAUCAGAUUUUACUUAUUGUGAUCAGAUACAGAAUGUCCAGGAAAUUUCAGCUUUCUGACAUUUCAAAGACUAUAUUUUAAAGCCGUCCUGCCUCCUUGUGGACACUGAAUGUAACCGCUGUGCAGCUCUGUAUCAGAGUCCUGAGCUCUAUGAUCUCAAAUCUAGGAGGCUGAAACACACCAUGGUUAAUGUUGUUUUGCUCAAGCUCAUCUUAUUCAUGUUAUGCUACUUAUUAAUUAAAUGAAGAAUGAAAUUAGGGUAUGUUGGCAGGAAGACCAAUAUAGGGGAAACAUGCAAAGCUGUGUGAUCUGCUGGAAAACCUUAUAAAACUGCCUUGUAGAUGCUGUUAGAAAUUGUGAAUUGUGUUGUGAAAUAUUCACUGUGUCUCAUAAAAGGCUUUUUAAUGCAAAGUACCAUACUCUUACCUGAAAUCAAGAGCCCAAUCAUAUUCCAGUCAACCAAAACAUUUUUCCAUAUUGAAUAAUGAAUUGCCUAAAGUGGCACUUUCACAAAAAAGAAUCAUUAGAAAUGACAAGAUCCUGAACUAUGAAAAACUACGAAAAAGCAAUGGGAAGCUACAUUUUUCAAUGCAAUAACACAACUACAGUAACUUCAAAACCGCUGCAUUGGUAAUUUUCCCACUUUGACCUGUCUACUCUCUUCCUUGAAAGGAUUUAAUGGUGAAACAAACACAUUAGUGCUACAGAGUGUAGUCAUUUUUUUCUGCAUUUCUAUGCACUUUGGUUCUCUGUUAAACCUGUUAAAUGAUCAGUUACUUUGGUUCAGACUUAUUUCCGCUGUACUUGAUACAGUAAAGUUUACUACACACAUGAUAAGCAAAUUUAUUGCACUAUAUCCUAAAAUAACCUUUUAUCAGGUUAAAGUGUGUUAUGUGCAAUACCUGAAAUCACAUGCUGUUGUUUAGUAUGACAUGAUUCUGAGUCACAUUCACUAAGACGUUCUCUGACAGAGCCUCCUCUGCAGUUACAAUCUUCUUCCUUAGUGUAACAUACUGUUGUUUGGGGAUAGGGAAAUGUUUUUAUAUCAUUGUUGCCCACUUUAUUUCUCUCAUCAUGUCAGGUGUGACUCAUUUAGAAAUUCAUGGAAGAAUACUAAAAGAUCUCUGGGUGACAGAACAUGAUUCUGUUGACUUAUUUACUAAGAAACUGCAGUAAUGUUUCAGGUAAAUUUCAAUUAUGGAAAACCUGUAAUGUGGCUAAAGGUUAUUGAAAUGUAGCUCACAUAAGAUCCGGACUUCGUGAAAUAUUCUGUACACAAAAUGAGGUCAAAAUCUGUACAAAUCACACAUUGAUCCAGUAUCAGUAUAUGUACUGUCAAAUCAAAUAAACAACAAACCAAGGCAAAACAUAAGUCAUCCCUUUCUUUUGUCCUACUCGUCAUUUUCAAAAUACAGAAUGAAGCUGGAAAGUAAAAAAAAAAAAAAAAAAGUCAGUUCACUAUU